AUGUAAAAUUUAAUAACAAGAAUAAAUAAACAUCUUUAACUGAUUGCAAAGGAAGAAUAGAAUGUAGAUACAAAAAGGAUAAAUUUAGUAAGUUAAAAGGGUAUUGACACUAAGCAAAUAUUUGAAUCAAUUGCUAUGCCUACCAUGAAUUUUAAGUGCCUCAGAUAAUUUUUAAUGUAUUUUUUUAUUAAUGCAAGACAUUACUAAAUAGAGCAUGAUGAUUAAUUUAUUAAUAGUUUCUUAUAUCGACAUACAGGCCUAAAGAAAUUUGAAAUGGACUAUGAUGAGUAUUAAAUCAAUAAAUACUAGUUUUCUUAAUUUUAUUAUGCCCUGCGAAGAUGAGGAUCUCUAUACAAUAACUAAGAAUAAAGAACAUUUAGGUGGAGCUAGAACUAUUUUUAGUUUGUAAACAAGUUAAGCUUUAUAUGAUUUAUUUUAUGCUGAAGUUCAUUACCAUUUCGAGAUAGAAAGAUCUAAGAAAGAACUAUUUAGAGAUUUUGAAUAUAGAUUACUAGUUCAUCCUUUAUGUGAACAUAAAUAUAUUAUAAAAGAAUAACUUGGUGAUUUUUGUUUUACAGAUGAAGAAUAAAAGAGGAUUUGGAGAAGGGUUAAUUAUAUGUAAAGAAAUUGUUAUGAAAAUGAUAAGUUUAAAUGUAGGAACUUUAAAUCACUUCUUUUUCCAGAAGAUUAUUUUGAAAAUCUUAAAUUAAUAGGAUAACCUAUUUAUUUAGAUGAACAGGUUUAAAAGUAAUAUAGUAAACCGAAUCAAUAUUCAAAAAAUACUAGAAAAUCUAGAUUUAUUGAAUGCCCAAAAAAUAAUAAUUGUUAGUUCUAUUAAAAUUAUGAUUUUCUUAAGCCUUAUUAAGGAGAUAAAUUUAUAGUUGACUAUAAUAAAAUAUAUAAUAAAUGA